AUGACAAACAUUGAGUUUGAAACAGUUAGAAAGAUAGACAAUGACACCAAAGUGGUUAGAAUAGGUGAUUUAAACGUAAGAUACUCAAAGAAAUACAACAAAUAUUCUUUGUCAGACAUUAUAUCUCCAUCUGGAAAGAAACCGAAGGACUGGGUUAGAAUUGCUUCUACUCAGAAAAUUUUGACAAGAAAUCCUGAGCUUAUGAUAUCGGUAAGAUUCUAUGGAACUGCAGCAUAUCUCAUCGACAAAAGUCUUAUACCAAUAGUUUUGUUAUGGUUAGACCCAGUUGUUGGAUAUAACUUCAUAACAUAUGGUUCAUUCGAUACGGAACGUUGCAGUGAAGGCUUACUUUACAUCGUUCAGAAACCGAAGGACUUCAAUACAAAGAGAUAUAAGAUAGGAAGAACAUAUAAUAUAACUCAAAGAUAUGACAGUACAGUCAAUAGAGUCAAG